AACGCUUGCGAGGAGGGCGGGGUGUCGUUCCCUUUCGCUGAUGCAAGAGCCUAGCGCGGUGCUGGGAGAGGUUUCGGUAGGCGCUGCGCCGACUCCGGGGUCUGAAGCCGACCGGUCUGACUUUCCAUCCGUGCCGAACCCGCUCGAACCACAGCCAUGUCCGGGGACGAGAUGAUUUUUGAUCCUACUAUGAGCAAAAAGAAAAAGAAGAAGAAGAAGCCUUUUAUGUUAGAUGAAGAAGGUGAUGCCCAGACAGAAGAAACCCAGCCUUCAGAAACAAAAGAAGUGGAGCCAGAACCAGCUGAAGACAAAGAUGUGGAAGCUGAUGAAGAGGACAGUAGGAAAAAGGAUGCUUCUGAUGACUUAGAUGACUUGAACUUCUUUAAUCAAAAGAAAAAGAAGAAAAAAACAAAAAAGAUAUUUGAUAUUGAUGAAGCUGAAGAAGGUGUAAAGGAUCUUAAGAUUGAAAGUGAUGCUCAAGAGCCAGCUGAGCCAGAGGAUGACCUGGAUAUUAUGCUUGGCAAUAAAAAGAAGAAAAAGAAGAAUGUCAAAUUCCCAGAUGAAGAUGAAAUACUAGAAAAAGAUGAAGCUUUAGAAGAUGAAGACAGCAAAAAAGACGAUGGCAUUUCAUUCAGUAACCAGACUGGGCCUGCUUGGGCAGGCUCAGAAAGAGACUACACAGUUAUGAAACCUCCACAGGUUGUCCGAGUAGGAACCAAGAAAACUUCUUUUGUCAAUUUUACAGAUAUCUGUAAACUAUUACAUCGUCAACCCAAACAUCUCCUUGCAUUUUUAUUGGCAGAAUUGGGUACAAGUGGUUCUAUAGAUGGUAAUAACCAACUUGUAAUCAAAGGAAGAUUCCAACAGAAACAGAUAGAAAAUGUCUUGAGAAGAUAUAUCAAGGAAUACGUCACUUGUCACACAUGCCGAUCACCGGACACGAUCCUACAGAAGGACACCCGACUCUAUUUCUUACAGUGUGAAACUUGUCAUUCUCGAUGCUCUGUUGCCAGUAUCAAAACUGGCUUCCAGGCUGUCACGGGCAAGCGAGCACAGCUCCGUGCCAAAGCUAACUAAUUUGCUAAUCACCAUCGAUUUUUCCAAAAAUGUGUGGUGGAGAUUUGGCCGAACAGGUUACCAUCAGAGUGGACGUACCAUUUGAUUAAAAACAAGAUAGAAAAGCCAAGUUCUUUGGCAAGUGAUUGAUCUGAAAUCCUUGCAAGAUGCCGAUACUCAAGCUGUUGACAUACUCGUUGCCUACUUUAACAACUGUCAGAGAAACGUGAUGGGGUAAGGAGGUGCUUUUUAAAAUCGUUCAUAGACUUCUGUAAAAUGCAAGAUAAAUUAAAGUUAUUAUAACAGUGA